UAUUUGCGUACUCUCUAACAUAAACGUGGUUGUUUCUACACGGAAGUAAAUUCUGAUACGCCUGUAUUUCGGAAGUUGCCGGCGGAAGUAGAUUUGUAAGCGCAAGAAAACAAACCUACAAUGAAUCCGCUUACUAAAGUGAAGCUCAUCAAUGAACUGAAUGAGAGAGAAGCUCAUCUCGGCAUUAAGGACUCGGUGUCAUGGCAUUCAGAGUACAAGGACAGCGCCUGGAUUUUCAUCGGUGGAUUUCCGUACGAACUGACCGAAGGAGACAUCAUCUGUGUUUUCUCGCAGUACGGAGAGAUCGUCAACAUAAACCUGGUGCGUGAUAAGAAGACGGGAAAGUCCAAGGGCUUUUGUUUUCUCUGCUAUGAGGAUCAGAGGAGCACAAUUCUAGCAGUGGAUAACUUCAACGGCAUCAAGAUCAAAGGCCGGACGUUGCGUGUGGACCACGUGUCUAAUUACCGUCCACCCAAAGACUCGGAGGACAUCGACGACAUCACCAAGAAUCUCAGGGAGCAAGGCUGCGCUCCCACGGUCGCGUCUUCGUCCGAGUCGGAAUCGGAAGGCGAAUAUCUUUUGCCGUUAAAGAAACCGAAAAAGGAUAAAAAAGAAAAGAAGAAAAAGAAGAAGGAUAAGAAAGAAAAGAAGAAGGAAGCAAAAGAGGAAAAGCGCACAGCGCAGACAGACUCCCCCUCCGCUCCUGCCAUGAGGGUGAAGAAGGAGAAAGAGGACACAGGUUAUGAGAAGUACACCCUGAAGGGGGCGCAAGAGUCCAGAGGUCAAGAGACGAGGAGCUCGCGGGAAAGAAUGGAGGAUCAGUACGGAAAUCACAGGAGAGGAGGAGAGAGGGAGGAGGAAAGGAGGAUGGGAAGGAGUAGAGACGAGGCAAGAGGGAAAGACGAGCAGCAGCGUCCACGCGAGAGAGAAAGAGAGAGGGACAGAGAAAGGGACAGGGGUAAGGACAGACAUCGAGAGAGAGACGGAGAAAAAGAUAGAGAUCGAGAACGACACCAUAGAGACAGAGAGAGAGAAAAAUGGAGAGACUCGGAAUACAGACGCAACUGAAACAAGGACGGCUUCACGGAGCCCACGUAUUCUCUUUCUCCCAUGUCGUGUUGUGACAUCAUAACACCUGUUUUUGUCGUAUUGUAAAUAAAAGAUUUUUGUUUUUAAACACA